AUGAAUCUUGCCAUAUAUCUUGGAAAUGCGCUCGAGAACACUGAGAAGACACUUAAGGUUGCUAGGCUUGAGAAAGAAGUGGAGGAUGUUUGUAAGGCUCACAGGGAUCUGGUUUUUUCUCAGCGGCAUAUUGAUUUUCAGAUGAAGAACAGGGAAAAGAAAGCCCAGAUGGAACUAGAGAUAUGUAAGGUACUUCGGAAGCUUCAUGAGCAGAUAUUGAAACAGAAUCUUGGGUACACAAAGUGUAUCUCCUCAAAGAUACAGGGCACUAAGGGUGUUGGAGAGAACGAAAGAAAAGAUUCCAGUGGGAAUAUGGAGAUGAUGCGCUAUAGAGAUCAGAUUUACACAUUGCUUUCUUACCUUCACAAUAAUGAAAGAAUGGGUGCUAGAAUAUUGAGUUUUCAAAGGGCUUUAGAAAAUAACGAUCGUAUCAGAAGUGCAGGGAACGGUGUAGUAUGUUUGAUCAACAGAAUUGGGCUGAGUAUUCUGAAGGAGACUGGGAAAGUGAUUAAAGCAUAUGGAGGUAGUAUAGAUGAGAGGAAAGACAUGAUGCUAAGAUAUGAAGAUUUGAGGGUUAAAAGCCUACUGGAGCAGUUGAAGCAAAAGACAAGCAAUUGUGAGGAGAUUAUGAGGGAAGAGGCUAUAAGUAGGGUGCUGGUUGUACUGAGCCAAGGGUCUGUUGAAAACGACAUUAGGUUUGCAGAGCUUAUUGAUGAGACCUUGGAGAGAACUGAAAGCUACGAGUUCCCAGAAAUAACAAGAAUGAGUGUUCAAUUCAUUAUAGCCAAGAAGUAUGUAGAAGACAUGGUGAGCUUGAAAAAGCAGCCUUUCUUGCGGAAAUACUUGGAAAGAAACACAGGAUCGAAGAAGUAG